UUUCUAUAUAUUCCUGUUUUCCUAUUAAGGGAGCUUCUUAGUUCUCUGGUUCUCUUUCCCAAGACUGGAGUGAAUAGACAAACAACUGUUCGACUGAAGCUUUCUCCUGUAUUUUGUUGGGCGUUGACGAGCCAACGAUUGAUAGCGGCCAUUUCUGUUCCACGGUGCCUUCUUGUUCAGAGAUUAGCUAGAGCUUUCAUGGCUACUGCUGUUGGAUCUGCUUCUAUCUCCUUCAGCUCUGUCAGAGUUGCAGCCAAAUCUGCCCUUUCCGGUGGUCGAACUGAUCAGAGGACUGUGCAGUUCCCGCAAUGGCCUUCCAUCGCCUCACCGUUGGUGCAGCGCCAACCUAGCCUUGCCUUGCAGUGCAGAUCAAAGAGCUCCUCUGCUUCUUGGGGUAUAAGAUCUCAGGUUGUGACUUUUGAACAAGCAACGGUUGAACAGGCUCAGAGCGUGGAAACUCCUGUUGUUGUUGUCACUGGUGCUUCGAGAGGAAUCGGUAAAGCAAUUGCAUUGACCCUUGGGAAGGCUGGUUGUAAGGUCCUGGUGAAUUAUGCAAGGUCCUCAAAGGAGGCUGAAGAAGUUUCCAAAGAGAUUGAGGCAUCCGGUGGUCAAGCUCUUACAUUUGGGGGAGACAUGUCAAAAGAAACUGAUGUGGAUUCAAUGAUUAAAACUGCAGUUGAUGCAUGGGGAACAGUGGAUGUAUUGAUAAACAAUGCAGGAAUCACUCGGGAUGGUUUGCUAAUGAGAAUGAAGAAAUCCCAGUGGCAAGAGGUUAUUGAUUUGAAUCUUACUGGUGUAUUUCUCUGCACUCAGGCAGCAGCUAAAAUUAUGAUGAAAAAGAAAAAGGGGAGAAUAAUAAAUAUAGCUUCUGUUGUUGGUCUGGUUGGAAAUGCUGGACAAGCCAAUUACAGUGCUGCAAAAGCAGGGGUCAUUGGCUUUACCAAGAGUGUCGCAAAGGAAUACGCAAGCAGAAAUGUCAAUGUGAAUGCUAUUGCACCAGGUUUCAUUGCAUCGGACAUGACUGCCAAUCUUGGAGAAAACAUUGAGAAGAUGAUCUUGGAAACCAUCCCCUUGGGGAGAUACGGUCAACCUGAAGAAGUGGCUGGACUGGUGGAGUUUCUAGCCCUUAACCCCGCAGCAAGUUACAUUACUGGACAGGUUCUCACCAUUGAUGGAGGAAUGGUGAUGUAGGUAGCUUAAAGUCACACCAAAGGCCUCCAGCUCUCCAUGAUUGGUACCACAGGAACAUAGGGAAACGUGAGAAAGAGUCGUACUGACUGUUUGCUGCUACAAAUAGUUGAAAUAUUCAUCUAGUGUCACAGAAUGAAAAUGGAAAUUGAAGGAUUGGCCAUCUUUUUAAACUUUCCCAUGUUAUAACCUUUGUGGCUAAAUUGAUUCAGUAUCAGGAAUUCAUUUUUUGCCAUUAUGUCUGGAUUCUUGUCCUGAUGAUCAUGAGUUUUGAGUUUUCACUGGAGAUGUUAUUAGAGACAUUACUUUGAUAUCCAUGUUGCUUUCCCCAAAGUGGGAAAAAGUGAUCAUUUUGAAACAUACAUAAUGUUUGUCUUCUACUCUA